AAAUCAGGAUGUGGUCCCGAUUUGAGCCUUCAGCGAUCGAAGAUGAGACCAUCAACAAUGCCUUUUCCACAAACGGUCUCUUUAAAAUCGGUUUUGAAGGCGAUUCAGAAGUUCCUUUAGCGAAAGUGCCUCACUUGCAAUCCAUCGUUCAAAACGAAAAAAUGGUCAUCGCCAUCGAAAAAUCUCUGUAUUUAAUGAAAAACGAGAACGCCAUGAACGCAAAUUUCGUCGAACUCCCUGCCAACUUUGAUUGUUUCUGCGUCACGUCUAGCGGUAACGUCGUAAUUUCAUGUCUCGCCGACGGCAGCAUCAUCGGAGUCCAUAUCGACGGCAAUGUUUUGUUCAAUUUGAUGAUUGACGAGGAAGAUGUGAGUCCGAAACGAUCAUUUGCGGGCAUUACAAUGCUUGGAACUGCAUGUUAUGCCUUGACGGUGCACGGAAAGUUGUAUCGCUUAUCGAAUGUGGAUGAAAAAAUGCUCACCGAGGCAACGGGGAACAACGAGAGUCAAAUUGUGAACGAAACUUUGCUAAAUAACGUCAUUGUUGAUCGUUUGUGGAAGACAAAAUAUGAGGCGCCGGUCGAUUGUCACGUAAUUUUGGAGCAUUUUGGGUCUGUGAUGUGCAUUUUUAGCAUUAAACAGACUUUGUUGUUCUAUUACGAAGGAAAUGUCCGAAAAAUUAAGCUUCCAAAGUGGAUUUCCGGCCUAAAAGCGAUUUACAAUCUCGAGAAUUACGUCGUUGGACUCACCGUAGAGGGAGAAAUCUUCGAAAUUUGUCCUUCGUCGAAGCUUAUUAGCAAAGUUGACGGUUAUGACUUCAAAAUUGAGGAAUUAAUCGUCAUGGAUAGCAAUUCUGAGGAGAUUGAAUUGCUUUGUCUCACGAAACCAGAUGCUGAUAACUUUCGUUAUGUCAAAAUUUUGACCUUUCCGUUCAUGAUUUGCAAAAAUGAGCUGACCAUGGAGACAGAUACGUGGCUUGUGGACCAGUCAAAGUGCUCCGUGAACAUGUAUUAUGUCAGUGGCGAGCGAAAUGCCGAAGGAUAUAUCACGGAAAUUGAGAUGAAGAUAAUUUCGGAGACGGAACCCGAGCUGAGAUUGAAAAAACUCAUUCAACGCGAGCAUUUUGACGAAGCCGAGGAGUUUGCAAAGCAGUUUGAACUGAGUUUACAGCCGAUUUACGAGGCAAAAGCACGAAAAUUGUGCAAUACGAUCGCUUUUGCGAAGAAUAUUGACAUCACCGAGCCCUUUAAUGAGCUCUACCAGCUGCUUCAAGUGAUCGAAAGUCCCGUUUUCUUCAGUAGCAUUGCCGAACACGAGUUUCCAAACCGAAAUAUUAUGAAAAAAUUUCUCGAGUUUGUCAGUUCUCGCUUGAAUUCGAACGAAUACGCGAGUCACAUAAAAGCCAUCACGGAGAAACUUUUGCGACUGGAAACGCUUCAUUUGAUCGAUCCGAAUGAACUUUACACGGAAUGGCGGCAUUUUGUGCGUCACACGAACCUCUUCAAGUUCUGCAAGGAAAUGUUUCGUUCGAAUUUCGGGUCAGCGCAGUUAAUUUGGUCGCGACAUACAGCGAGCUUCUUGCCCUACACGUGCGUUAAUAGUUUGUCAGCUUUGUUGAACUCGGUGCCAGAAACUGUUGAACCCUUUGAAAUUGUGCAGUGGUUGAAGCAUUUUACGCCGAGCGUUUUGCAACUUUAUCCGCAUUUUAUGACGGAAAUUGUCGAUUGGAGCAUUUUGAAAACGAAAUCUUUGCAGUAUUCGCCUUAUUGGCCUGAAAUUGGAUUGGAGUUUGCCAAUAAUAUUGUCGUGAUUUUGAAGGAUGUCAAGUUUUUGUAUGCAAACGUUCAACGCAAAUACGAAUCCUGCAUCGAAGCUGUCGACGACAUCAUCAUGUGUCUCGAAGACUUGUCAAUCCUCAAAAAAUCCUACAAUCUCAACAUCACCUUGGACGACUACAUCAAAGAGACAAUGGAGGACACCGCUUACAAUUUACUGCAACGCGUUCAACUCAGCAACUUCAACGCCUUAGUAACGGACUUUUUGUACCCGAUUUUCAACGAAAAAUGUCUCUCGCCCGAAAACGCCAUCAAACGUUACAUCCAUUACCUCACUUUGCACAAUCACAUCGCCGAUUGGGCCGAACGUUCUGUCACCGCAGUCGAGCUGCUGCACAACGAAAACGACAAAUACGAGUCAACGUUGAUGAUUCUGAAAGCUUCCCCAGUUCCAUGGUCGCCCAUUUUGAACCAGCUGAUGAAAUAUGGCGACGGCGGACAUCAUUUGGCGCAAGAAAUUUACGUCGAGUACAAAAAUCAGGCGAUAAAAGUGCUGAAAAAGAAGUAUGGAUGGCCCUUGGACCUCCCGGGAACGGAUUUAAUGCUGUUUGUGAAACGAAUUGUCAUGAUGAAUUUCCCCGAAAUGCUCGAUGACGUCAGAAAAGUGCUGGAAAAUGCCCCGGAGAUCACUGUUCAAGCGAAUAUUUACGUCGUUUUGAUGUUAACGGAAGACAAUUUGCUGGAAAAAGCACUGGACUACCUGAAAAACGUAAAACCCGAGUAUCGGAAUGAAACAAAUCGACGAUUAGUGUCGACAAUUGUCACAAUGUUGGACAAUGGAGACGCCGACAACGUCGAAACUUACUUGGAAUUGCUGAAAACUGUCGCUUCAAUGACCAACAGCAGCAAUUUGAACGUGAAAAACAUCUUAAAAGUCCUUUGUUUGCGAGAUGAAUUCAAAAUUUCCGUAAAUUUGGGCAGUUUGUACCAAUCCGAGGUCUUGCUAAAACAGGGAAUUGCUCAUAUUGUCCAUGCCACGCAAGAAAGAAAGCCAAAAUCCAUCUUUAACGCCCUUUAUUCGCAACUAAAACGUCUUUGUUCGUGCCUCGGAUGCCAUUUAAUCGACGGAAUCCUCGCCAUGUGUCGAUUUUUGGAUGAAAAAACGGUUACGAUGAACUUUAUUGUCUCCCUUCUUGACUUGGAAGCUGAAAAUUCGUUCGUGCCGAAGCUGAUUUCGUUAAUUUUGCUCGCCCUGAAGCAGGAAUUGGAAACUACGAGUCCCGAUGACGACCUGGAAGACUUAUUUUUGUACCCGAUCUUGCAUCAGAUGCUUGAAAAAGUUCGUACCGUCGAUAUUUUGCACGUUUUUGAGGUCAACGAGCUCUUCCAAUGGACGAUGAUUGGUUAUCAGUUCUAUAAAAGUCAUGAAAUAACGGAUGUUGUUGAAAAUUAUCACGAAUUGCAUCGAAUAACGGAGGAAAUGCUCGUCACAAAGGAUAAAAAUGAUGAAAAAGACGCUUUAAACAAGAGUUCGGACAAGAAAAAUGUCUCAUUGUCAGUUUUCGAAGAGAUUUCCAGCCCAUUGGUGUCGAAAGAUACGAAAAAUAUCGUUUUUAGAACCGGAGAUGAGCCAAAUUUAGCUGUUCAUGCCCUUUCCACAGCUCUUAAAACAGCAAUUUUGAGUAUUCGACAGGAUGAUGAUCAAGUUCAGCAUUUGUGGUGUCAUGUUGAUCCCGAAUACGGACGUUUUGGAUGCUCCGAAGACGAGUUAAAGACCGAACUUGUUGGAUUAUUGGAGAAAUUGAUCAAAAAUAAGCAACAUAUGCGGGCUUUUUUGAUCCUUCAACGCAUUCGGCAGUACAAAAAUGUCGAAAAUGAGGAUAUUUUCGCGGAAAAUACACGAAAAUCGUUGAAGCGGAAGAUCCUGAAGGCCGUAAUAACACAAAAACGGGUCGAUUACAUGGAAGGACUCAACGUUUUGAUCUCGGAACAGUUCACGGAUGAGGAAUUUGCAGCUUUGAAAGAAGCUGUAAAGAUUUCCGAGACAUUUACGAUUAAUUUUUACACACUUUUGGAGAAAUAUUUCCACAUUCAGGGCGAUGAGCGACAAGUUCUUGCCGCAAAACGUGCCAGAAUUACUUUUUCGCAUCAUCAGGAGCUCUGUCGCAUCGACGAAUCGCUCAAAUACAAAAAAUCUCUCGACUUUUCGUCAUUUCAGGACUUGUCAAAGGAGCUCAAAGGUCAAAUCCUGCCCACAAAUCUGCUCCAACGCAUGAGUCGCGACUUCGGAUGGGAUUACGAGGAAACUUUAAUUGCUCAAAUCAUAAAUUUGCUGUCGGCGCAAAAGUUGGAAUUCGACAUCGCCAUGGAUGUCUUUGGAAAAGAGGAGAUUCGGGUCAAGACAACUGUCGAGGAGCUCGUGAAUUUGUGUCAGCCGUACGUCAAUGAGAUUCAGGACCGGGCGAUGUUGGCGAAAGAGCUCAAACAGAGCAUGAAGCAGUUUAAUUUUUAUUUUUACGAGUUGUAUUUGUGCACGAUCAAAAUUCUCGAGUACAUCGAUCAGUUGCCGGUUGACAUGAUUUUGUGGCAAAAUGUGUUGACGUUCCUCAUUCAGAGCUCGACAGCGAGGAAAAAUCGCGCGGGACAAACAGAGUCGGAUUGGUGGUUCAAAACGUCGCCGGAUGGAGCGGUGCUGCCAAAAAUUGCCAAAUAUCGAGUGCCUUUUUAUCCGUUGAUUUCUGUGGAUUUGAAGGAAAUUUUGGAUAGCGAAAUUUGCGUCGACAACUGCGAAAAAUGGCUUCCCUUGAUCGAACUCGUGUCUCUGAUCAAAAAACAAGAACCCCUACACGAGAUUGAAUACUUUUGCAUGGCUGCUGUCAAAAACUCCGUUAACGAGCGCAAAACUGUCGCUGAGGAAACUGGCGUUUGGCAUCUUACCGAGACCAAUGAUCGGUUUUUGCAAGGGGUUCUUCGACUUACGGACCACAUGCAAACCAAACACAAAAUCACCUUUUUGCUGUAUUUCACCAUGAACUACUCCCCAGAAGGCAUCGACCAAGUAAAUGCCGCACAGGAAUGCUACAAUUUCGUCCUCGAAAACGAAGAAGAGCUCAUGGCGCAUCCGAAAGCGAAAGAAGUUGUCGUCAAAAUGAAGCAAAAGUACCCGAUCCUCAAAACGCAACAUUUAUUGCAUCAAUACGGGCUCGUGGAAGAUCACUUGAUGAUUCUUGCGCAAAAUCCCUCGGAGCUGAUUCAAACUUUGUACAAGCACGAGAGUAUUUUACAUGAUCAAAAAGUGAACAUUAACCGUCUUUGCGAGGAAAUUGCAAUUUUACACAAACUUGACUUCGAUCGGAUCCAAACGAAGCUCGUUGAAAAGUGGCUCGGACUUGAAAAUAGCGAUCGUCGGUCAAAUGUCGCCAAUGAGUCGACCAUGUUUGAGGAAACGACGAUAAAUAACGCGAACGAAGACGGUUUUGGCAGCGUUUCCGACGAAAAUAUCGUGCGGGCGUAUUUUAUUCUCAAAAGUUGGGACACCACAAAAGCCAUGACGUUCCUCAUGUUCCAGAUUUUGGACCGAAAUACCGCGAAAAGUACCGGAAAAGAGCUCCAACUCGUCGAAUGUUACACGAAACUCAGCACCGGCGAUCACAGCGACAUGGAAUACGGCGAAUUAAUCAGCGCCGAUUACUACAACGUACUAAAAUGCGUGCAUCACAUGUCCCAACUCGGCUACAAAAUGAACAAAGAAAAGUUCAAAUCCAUCGAAAAACUCGCUUUGCUCAAGGAAAUUUGGAAAAAACAUGCCGACGACACACGCGGAUUGGAACUCAUCGUCUACAUUUGUCUCGGAUUCGAAAUUUACGAGCCGCAAGUGUGGAACGGAGUUUUGAAACAAAUGAUUGCCAAGGACAUGACGCAACAACUUCAAUCGCUGGUCGUCAUUUUAUCAAGCAGAACGGAACUUUUGCACGUCUCGGGACUCGCAUCGGCUUGGAUGACGGUCAUUAAGGCGCCAUUUGUUCGUUCGAAAAGUGACGUGCAAGAUCAUGUUUUGGCCAAAAGUUUAAUUUUGCUUCAAAGUUGCCCGUUAACUGCUUAUCUGGACUAUAUCGAGUUGACAGAACUGGCGUUACGCUUGGGGAGAGCUCAUAUCGCCGCACUUUUCAUGGCUUAUGCGAACGAGAAACAAAUGGAGAAGAUAAUUUCGUUGUUAAAAAGUCAUGUAACGCCUCGACUCAAAGAACAGAUUCAAGAAUUGAAGGAAUUUGGAGUGCUGCCGUCGAUUAUUCAAAGCUCGAUUGCAAGUCUUUCGCUUUGAAAAGGAGAAUUUUGAAGAAUUUCAUGAAUUUUUAAGUUGAAUAUCGAAUUUUUUGCUGUAAAAUGAUAAAUUUUCGGAGAAAUAUUGAUUUUUUUCUCCUUAGCCGUAAGAAUUUCAUUUAAAAAAUUAAAUAUUUUGAAAUACUGUUAGAAUUUUUGCUCAUAAAUUGCGAAUCUUUAAUUUAGAAUUUAAAAAAUUUGAAAAAAUUAAUGAAUUUUCCCUUUUAAAUUAAAAAUUAAUGAAGUUUUGUAUUUAAAAAUUGAUUUGAAAUGACAAACUUUGAAAAAU